AUGCCCUCGCGCCAUGCCUCCCUCUCUCCCUUCCCUCAUUGCAACUCCGCGCCGCCGCCCCGCCCCGACCGCCCCCUCGCCGCGCAGCCCCAGGCCGCGUCACCGCUCCGGCUGCCCCGCCCCGCCGCGUUGGGCCGCUCCGCCCCGCAGCGCCGCUCCAGCAGCCCCAGUCCGCCUCGCCGCCCCAGACGCCCCGUCCCGUCCGUGCCGGCCCGGGCCUCUUCGCUGCCCCGACCACCCCGACAGGCCGCGCCGACCCCUCCCCCGGCCGCCCCGCCCCUCCGCGCCGGCCCGCCCCGCCCCACCGCCCCGGCUGCUCCAAGAUAUUGGGUAGAGGAAUGGUUUCAGUAUCACUUUGUUACUCCUGAGAAUGCAAAGAAGAAUGCUGUGAGGCCACCAUGGGCCGAUAUUGUGUACAUGAAGCUCCACCCCAAGACAAAAGCUGAAGCCAUUGCAAAGGGUUUCUAUCCUUGCAUGUUUGCGAGGGCUUCCGUAGUCCAGAUUAAGAACGACCUAGGGAUUGACUUCAACCCUGGUACGGCUGCUCCAAAGCCAGAUGGUAGUCAUGAAGUUGAACAGAAUCUCAUUGGUCCUUUCAAUAGCUUUGAUGGGCUUCUCCCCCAUAUCGCUGCACAAAGGGCCACAGUUGAAGAAGCUGCGGGUGAAGAGGAACGUGAGGAUGUUCCAGAGCCCCCGAAGCCAAAGAAAAAGUCUAAGGCUUCAAAAUCUAUUGUUGUUCCAAAGGCUUCAAGCAUGAAGCCAUUGUAA